AUGGCUCCCGCGAAUAGCAAGGCGGUGGCAACUGAUUUCCUCAGCUUUGUCAACGCGUCCCCUACCCCCUUCCAUGCAGUCAAGUCGGUCAAGGAACGGCUGAGCGCAGUUGGUUUCCAAGAAGUCAAGGAAAAGCAAUCAUGGUCGUCAAUAUGCGCCCCUGGCGGGAAAUACUACCUCACCCGAAAUGGUUCGACCAUCGUCGCCUUCACAAUCGGCAAAAAGUGGAAGCCGGGAAAUCCCAUCUCAAUGAUCGGCGCACACACCGACUCGCCUUGUCUACGGAUCAAACCUGUGAGCAAGAAACAAGGGGAUGGAUUUCUCCAGGUGGGCGUUGAAACUUACGGAGGCGGCUUGUGGCACACGUGGUUUGACCGGGAUCUGGGAAUCGCAGGAAGAGUCAUGGUGCGAGGCCCCGAUGGAAAUGUGGCUCAAAAGCUGGUUCAUAUUGACAAGCCCAUCUUGCGCAUUCCUACCCUUGCCAUUCAUCUCGACCGGCAGGAGACGUUCUCUUUCAAUAAAGAGACUCAAUUGUUUCCCAUUGCGGGACUGGUCGCCGCCGAGCUCAAGCGUCAGGAUGAAAAGAAGGGCCAGGUGGCGAACGACGGCGGGAAGGAGGAACAGACUAAGCCCUUUACCCCGCUGAAAGCGUUGACGACGAGGCACCACCCUCGCAUCGUCGAAAUCAUCGCCUCAGAAGCAGGAGUUGCGCCCGAGGAUGUUGUUGAUUUUGAGGUGGUGCUCUACGACACACAAAAGGCCUGCCUCGGCGGGCUUAACGAAGAGUUUAUCUUCUCGGCAAGACUCGACAACCUGAACUCAACAUAUUGUGCUACCCAGGGGUUGAUUCAAUCCGUUGAAGAAACAUCUGCGCUAGACGACGAAUCCUCUAUUCGUUUGAUAGCAUGUUUUGAUCACGAGGAGAUUGGCAGCAUGACGGCACAAGGCGCCUUUUCCACGAUGUUGCCAGCCAUUAUACGCCGGCUUUCCGUUCUGCCAUCCUCAUCGUUUGUGGACGACAGGUCUGAGCAAUCUUACGACCACGCCGAUGAAACGGACACCUCCACAGCCUAUGAACAGACGUUGUCAAGCUCCUUCCUCCUCUCGGCAGACAUGGCUCACUCUGUCAACCCCAACUAUGGAGCCAAAUACGAAUCUGAUCACCGACCGGAGAUGAACCAAGGCCCUGUGAUCAAGAUCAAUGCGAACGCAAGAUAUGCCACCAAUUCACCCGGCUUAGUCUUGAUCCAGGAGGUAGCGCGGCAGGCAUCCAAGGUCUUUGACAGUGACGCUGAGGGAGUACCGCUGCAACUGUUUGUGGUCCGGAAUGACUCGAGCUGUGGGAGCACAAUUGGCCCAAUGCUGUCCGCUCACCUUGGUGCUCGUACCCUCGAUCUCGGCAACCCGCAGCUUUCCAUGCACAGCUGCCGUGAAACGGGCGGUGCGGAUGAUGUACACCAUGCUAUCAGGCUUUUCAGCAGCUUUUUCCAGCAUUACUCUCGACUUGAAAAGACGAUCCUAGUGGACUGA